UAGCAAAAGAUGUUAAUUAAUAGGCUAUAGCAGUAUAGGCAUGCGCAGUAGAAAGGUGAGCACAUAAUCGUGAAAAAUUUUUAGUGAUGGACAUGACGUUGUAAUGAUAAUAAUGGCAAAGUUAUAGAGUUCAGCAUGGCCUGAGGUUGGUCUCGGCGGCCACAAAGUCUACAAGGGGUAUAGAUCUUGCUGCCUUCCCCUUGGACGAGCGUGCACCGCGUAUGCACUGUAGUCUGUACUGCUGAUCUUAGAAGGCUGAAGGAGAUGGUGCAUCUGAGCCAGCUUAUAGUAUUAAAGUAUAGUACUGCUAUAGUACUGCUGUAGGACUGGUCCCACUUCUCUGUGAGCAUUGUGGCAAGUCUUUUGUAGAAUACUGUAGCACCUUUAGCGAGGCCUCCACUGGCUGACCAUAGAUACUACAUAGUAGAUCUAUCUAUGGGCUGACAAUACACUUGGAGUGAAGGAAGCAUGCUCGACCUCCCUGAUUCUCUGCUCGUAAGCUCUUUUCUUUUCCAUUUCAUGCUUUCGUGUUAGGGUUGUAUUCUUGUUAGAGGGUGCAUAUGGGUUGAAUACCAUACCCUGACAUCAACAAAGGUUUUUUCAUGUAUAGAUCUAGUACAGUUCAGAGUUGUACAUACUGGCUGGUAGGUACAUUGUACAAGGUGGAUGAUGGCUUUAUCAGAGGAGCUGGUCAAGGACUGGAGCACCAAAGGCCAUGACAAGGCCCUCUUUAUUCGAGGACGUACUCUCCACUGGGACACAUGGAACCGACUGUGUGGAGUUGCGUGGCAUGCUGUACGACCUGCUCAAGCACUGUGUGACUGGGGCACUAGACGGACAGGAUGUGGCCACCUUUAUCUCAGAACUCACAUCUAUAUACAUGCUGAGACGAUCAGCAAUGAGAACAAGGAAAACUGUUGGAGAGCCGCUGCUGAAAGAACGACCAGAGAUGGAAACACUGGAGCAAGUCAGUCUGGUCCCUUCAGCUAGCAAUUUCAAUCAGAAAUAUGUCAAGACCAAAACAAAGUUAUUCUACAAGCAGCAGAAGUUUAAUCUGUUCCGAGAGGAGAACGAGGGCUAAUCUAAGCUGGUGGUGGAGCUGGGUCACGAGGAGAGGCCACUGGCAGCUGCUCCAGCCAUGCUCGACAAUAAUUAUAUGUUCUUCUCAUUGGUCAGUACCACAUUUAUGUAAAUACAUAGGGGUAGUUUGCAGCUCCAUAACCAUGGCUAUCAAUGGUGAGCAAAGCUAUUUAAUCCUAAGAUUAUGCCUGUAAAUAUUUUACCCUCAUGGCUGUAAUCUUGUCUGUGUGUGUGUGCAGGUCGUUUCAACAUUGAUCUUAACCGAGUGCUGGAUGUUAUCCUGGAGGCAUUUGAAUUUUCCAGGAACAAUCACUUCCUCCAAGUGGAAAAGAAUAUCCUCACAAACACUUUUGAGCAGAUAGUACUGGCCUUCUUUAUCAUUCUUGCCCUCACCGUACACCUUGAGGAUUCCAAGAUGAAGCUGGUACCUAUCUACAUUUUGAGCUUCAUUACUGGAAGAGUUCUCUUUAUCAGUGGAUACAAGAUUGGACCGAAAUUUCGAUCGUGUGCAUGGUAUGUUGAUGAAUAUAGGAAGUACCUUCCUGAUGCUCGGAGUGAUAGGAUACACUUUUAUUCUUGUGGACUGCUGGCUGCAAGCACUGGAAAAGACGAACUGUAAAACUAUUAUAAUUUUACUGAGAAAACCUAGCUAAAAAAUUAGCCUUCAAUUAUGACAUUUUAUCUCACCAUCAUCAUUCAUUUACCAGAUAAACUGCACACUAAAUCUAUCAUGCUAUAUAAUUAUAUGUAAAUACAGAGUGAAAGCUAAACUCUGAGUUGUAGUCAAGACAGUAAUUACAGUUACACAAGCAUGGCUAUAAGGAGGGAUACUAUCAGUCCAGCAAGCAUAAACUGAAGUUUUGGAG